AUGAGUAGUGUGUUGCAAAAGCAACACGAGAAUUUUUGUACUGUCAAAGAGAUCAAGACAAUUUUAGAGGAUUUUCUCGGAGGCCAAGUCGCAUUGGCUCGACAAUUUGCUAUUACAAAUUUGAUGAAUUCUCAACAGAAAACUAGCAGUCCGGUCAAAGAACAUAUGCUUAAGCUUAUGGGAUUCUUUGCGGAAGCAGAGGACAAUGGAGCUGAACUAUAUAUGAACAGUCAAAUUGAAAUGGUGUUUAAAGCCUUAACUAAUGAUUUUGUUGGUUUUAGGGCCGCUUACAACUUAGGGAAUAAGGAAGGAAUUACAAUCCUAUGA